CCACCUGUCUGGCUACCUCCCCCAUCUCUGUCUUCUCCGUCUUUCUAUCCAAUCCCAUCAUCUCCUUCCCUCCCACGGCGGUCUGCCUCGCCCGCGGCCACCUCGCCGCCGCCUCCCUCUCUACCGCCGGACAUGCAGGCGACGGCCGCAUCCUUCCUCGCCCGCCCGCUCCCGCGGCCCCAUCGCAUUGGCAGGUUAGCGGAUGGGGCAGCGGUGAGCGGAGGCGUAUUUUCGCUACCACCGCGGCUACGGGGUCCACGGUGCUCUGUGAGCCUCUCUAUCGGCGCCGGUUCUGGUGACACCGGAGACAGCGGGUUCAGCUACCAGUAUGCUCCUGUCUUCCGAAGGUACCGUGUGCGUGAUCCCUACAAGCUUCUUGGUGUUGAUCGUGAUGCAUCUGAAGAAGAGAUCAGAAGUGCAAAAAACUUCCUAAUUCAACAGUAUGCUGGACACGAAGCAAGUGAAGAAGCUAUUGAAGGUGCUUAUGAGAAGAUAAUAAUGAAGAGCUACCAGCAUCGGAAGAAAACAAAAAUUAAUCUGAAAACCAAGCUAUUAAAGCGAGUUGAGGAAUCCCCGUCAUGGGUAAAGGCACUGCUUGGAUACUUUGAGGUUCCAUCAAUGGAUAUUAUUUCGAGAAGAUUACUCUAUUUUGCUUUCAUCGCUGGAUGGAGUAUAGCAACUUCUGCUGAGAAUGGACCUGCAUUCCAGCUCGCAAUAUCACUCUUCUCGUGCAUAUACUUCCUUAAUGACAAGAUGAAGAACCUUCUCAGAGCAUCCACCACUGGGUUUGGAGUACUUGUUGGUGGCUGGAUUAUUGGUUCUCUGUUGGUGCCGCUUAUCCCAACAUUUAUCAUCCCUCCUACAUGGUCCCUUGAGCUUCUUACCUCAUUGGUUGCAUAUGUUUUCUUGUUCCUGGGAUGCACUUUCCUGAAAUGAAACCCUGUCAAUCUUGUAACCGUAAAUUGUAGAAUUGUUCAGCAAAUUUUGGCAGUUACUGAUAUCUAUCUCAAUUCUGGGUCUCAGAGAUUUUGUUUUGCAUCUAUUGGUAAUGCUCUCGAGUCCGGAGUCCUUUGUUCACCUUAUGUACUCUGUGGUGUAGAGACAACGCAAAGGCCAUGUGCAGUUUGUACACCAGUGCCAACUCAUUUGUUUCAGUUGACUCUUCUAAUACUGACUCAGACCGUGCAGUCUGAUUGUUAGUUCAUUGGAUAUGAUUAUUGCA